AUGAAAGCUGCAGACCGUGGUGCACCUGCAGAUCAGAGCAGUGACUCAGUGAUAUUACGGCAUGGCGGUCGGCAGAUGACAGUCCUUCAGGAGGAGGUGUGUGUGUCCUCAGUCCUUCAGGAGGAGGUGUGUGUGUCUUCAGUCCUCCACGAGGAGGUGUGUGUGUGUCCUCAGUCCUCCAGGAGGAGGUGUGUGUGUAUUUCCUCAGUCCUCCAGGAGGAGGUGUGUGUCCUCAGUCCUCCAGGAGGAGGUGUGUGUGUCUUCAGUCCUCCACGAGGAGGUGUGUGUGUGUCCUCAGUCCUCCAGGAGGAGGUGUGUGUGUCUUCAGUCCUCCAGGAGAAGGUGUGUGUGUCCUCAGUCCUCCAGGAGACUCCAGGUGCCAGGAGAGCAGAGUGGGCUCCUGAUGCAGAGCCUCUGCUUUGGGGAUCAACAUAA